GGUUCCAAUCCAACCACCUGACCCUCAUCGAUCACUCCCCCUCGUAUUUCUGGCCCUGCAUUUUAACAUCCCCCUUUCUUCCUUCAAUUAUUAUAAUUAGGGUUCUUUGAGGGCCCGAUCUCUCUACUAUUCUCUCCUAAGAUCUCUGUAUCACCUUCCCAAUCACACACAUACACACACUUAGACGUAAUAAUAAUGUACGGAUUCGAAGCACUAACCUUCAACAUUCAUGGAGGUUAUCUAGAAGCGAUCGUGAGAGGACACAGAUCUGGAUUGCUCACCGCUGCUGAUUACAACAAUUUGUGCCAGUGCGAAACCCUAGAUGAUAUCAAGAUGCAUCUCUCUGCAACUGAGUACGGUCCUUAUCUUCAGAACGAACCGUCGCCGUUGCAUACUACUACUAUUGUGGAGAAAUGCACUCUCAAAUUGGUUGAUGAGUACAAGCACAUGUUGUGCCAAGCUACAGAGCCUUUAUCAACGUUUUUGGAGUACAUUACAUACGGCCACAUGAUUGAUAAUGUCGUGCUUAUAGUCACUGGGACCUUGCAUGAGAGAGAUGUUCAGGAGCUGCUAGAGAAAUGCCAUCCAUUGGGCAUGUUUGACAGCAUUGCAACUCUGGCAGUAGCUCAGAACAUGCGAGAGCUUUAUAGACUUGUGCUCGUUGACACUCCAUUAGCUCCAUACUUCUCCGAGUGUAUUACAUCUGAGGACUUGGAUGACAUGAACAUUGAAAUUAUGAGAAAUACUCUAUAUAAGGCGUACCUUGAAGACUUUUACAGGUUUUGCCAGAAAUUAGGAGGUGCUACAGCAGAAAUCAUGUCAGACCUUCUUGCCUUCGAGGCUGACAGGAGAGCUGUUAACAUCACCAUAAACAGUAUUGGCACUGAACUUACCAGGGAUGAUCGGAGAAAGUUGUACUCUAGUUUCGGCUUACUUUACCCAUAUGGUCAUGAAGAACUUGCUAUCUGUGAGGAUAUUGAUCAGGUUCGUGGUGUCAUGGAAAAAUAUCCUCCUUAUCAGUCCAUUUUUGCCAAGUUAUCAUAUGGAGAGAGCCAGAUGCUAGACAAGGCAUUUUAUGAAGAGGAGGUGAAAAGACUUUGCCUGUCAUUUGAGCAACAGUUCCAUUAUGCAGUGUUUUUUGCAUACAUGAGGCUUAGGGAGCAAGAGAUCAGAAAUCUUAUGUGGAUAUCUGAGUGUGUGGCUCAGAACCAAAAGUCCAGGGUGCAUGACAGCGUUGUUUUCAUAUUUUAGUUGCUUUACAAGUACUUUUGAUCCGAGUACUGAGGCAUGUUGUUUGUCGUGAAUCUUAUACCGAGGUAGCCUCUUGAUAGUUCUCAGUUGCCAAAAUCAUUUGUACUACCUUCACUGUGGGCAGCUCUGAAAUAAGCUCUGUUCUCUCCUCCUUUAUUAUUUAAUUUUAUUUCUGUAUUUAAAUAUACGAUAUUUGGAAAGAAUAUUGAGAUUCGUUAUUAGGGAUGAGGGCAAGUUUGAACAGAAAUCAUCGUGUGAUGUGUAAAUUUACUUCCCAAUAUACUGUAGUUUCAUAAGUAACAUCGGAUUGGGGUGUUGUAUAUUUGGCGUCUUAAUUGGUCUUUAUUAUGUGUU